AUGACAUCAGGCUUUGCGGCGUUUGCUCGGUCAGAGUGGAAUGACCAUGUGUCGUAUGCGGUGCAGCAUGGCGAGGUUCAGUGGCUGUAUUUCCACGAGUCUCCUCUUGAGGCUGUCUAUCAGAGAUUCAAGACUACGCGGCGCUCCCUUGGCUACGCCACCAGCGAUCCUGUCAUCCCAUCGAAAGGGAUGAUGGCAAGGCGGAUGAGUGGGGCUGAAGCUCACUUGCUUGGGUCAAAGGAGUUUGCGAUUCUUCAGUUGGACGUGGACAUGCAGCGGUUGUUCGAGCGAGGCCUGUUGGAGUUCAAGCCUGGUUGCAAGUUCUGCUGCCUACUCGAUCGCAACAUCUUGCGCGAAGCGACCCUCUCCUUUUCUACUAUCAGCGUCAAGAUUUCGGAAGAGGGCGACGCUGCGGCUGAGGCAUGUCCGCUUGCAGGCAAAUGGGUCUUCUUCAGUCCGCAGAAUGCACACGAGCUCGCCACGAAGAUUUUGCUCAAAAAUCUCGUUUCCAAGGUGAAGUCCUUGCCGGAUGAGCCGCAUUGCUACUUCUCGGACUUGCACUUGUGCGUGUAUGCAGCCUGGCUGGCUGGUGGCAAUAAAGGAAGCGACAUCAAGAUCGAGCGCGAAGCGCAAGGCAAUUUGCCUGCGUGCAUUGACCCAUCAGAUGUCUUUUUGCACGCAGAUGAUGAUAUCCAAGGCGAGGUUGAGGACAGGUGUGUGCCAGGGCAAUGGCUUCCAGGCAGCAACGUUGGUUCUUGGAUUAGUCCCUUUGCUCCCAUCAGUCAACAAGCUUUGGUCCUGAUCGGAAAUGCAUGGACCAACGUUUUUCGGGUACCCAAAAGAAUUCUCAAAGCCUGUCAAAGCUAUUUGCCGAAUAUCAAGGGCAUGAACAGGUGCUCUUUGCAAGUGGCCUUUGUCAGCCAGCUGCUGGCAGUGUCGCCGCACAGUGUCCGAGCUUGGAUCGAGGGCUUGAAGCAAAACGAAUGGGUUCCAGUACAAAAGCAAUCUCUAUCAGAUUGGUGGCAGCGAAAAAACAAGACUUCCUUGCAUGACGGUGACGCCCCUGCAUCGAAGCCCCAGAGUGAAGUGGAUUCAGAAUCAGUGCUGUUAGAGCGAGUUGUGCAACGCGCCUUGUAUUGCUGUUUUGAGAACCGUACUGGCUUGGAAUAUGAAAGAGAUAUGGCCAGUUUGGCAGAUCUUUGUCCUGGGAUGUUCGGGACCACUUGUCGUGGCCGGGAGUUUUACACAAAUGUCAUCCACUUGGCCGCUACAUCGAUGCGCCACCUGGACGGACUAGACCUAUCUCUAGCACUUCCAGGGCUCGGUAUUUGUUCGGACGUGAGCCUCAUGCUUGACCCUGUUUCAUUAGGCACUGGAACUUUCGCGAGACAUGGAACGACCUUGGUGCUCUGCGUGGCCAGCAUCAGUGCACACACGCACCGAAUACAGAGCAUAUUUCUAGAUGCCCCAACCAUGUCCAUGCAAGGGCAUACGGGUGACAGCGUCAGGGACUUGGCCCUGGAAACCAUGAAAAAUCACCCAGCUUCCUUGAGCAUGGCAGCUUUGAAAGGUAGAUUGUGUUGCGUGACUGGCGAUGGUGCUUUAUGUCAAGGCGGUCGUCUCGCACAACAUUCUUCGAGCGGAGCCUGUGAGAAAAUUUGGGCUGAAAUUCAUCCAGGUGAAUCCAUAUUAAAGUGCAGCGCGGCAGAAGAAAUUUUUGACAUUGCUGCAGCUCUUGACUCAUUGUUUGGCAUUGGAGAAGGCAAGCUCUUGUUAAGAGCCGUAGGCGAAUUGCUUCCUGUUGAUCAGGACAAACCGCAAAGCACCAUGCGUGCAGGCGGCGCGCGCAAAGUGGGGCACUUAAGCAAGGUACCAGGCAACAUUGUGCGAAAUCUGCCAGCUUACAUCCUCGGCCUCCAUGGCCGCAUAGCGUGGAAAAGGUCAGGGCAUGGAAAGCAGACCCUGGCAACUUUGCUGUCAUCGGCCUUCGAGAGCUGUGUGCGACCAUAUGUUUUGGCCUCCCAGAAAGCGGUCGAGCCGUGGGUCCUUCGCAAAGCCGAAAUGCGCAUGUUGCAAAAUAUUGAUCGUAUGGUGGCCAGUAUCCAAGAGGCUAGCAAAUUCCUUGCAAUCCUUGCGCUGCUUCGCCCGCAUUUGUCAAGAGCAGAGGUUGCUCGAUUCAUCGUGGCGCGGUCUAGCCAAUCGUCUGCUCGACUGAUUUUUGAUUUUUGGUUGCGCCUGCCUGGAUUGGUCACCAAAAGCCCGCCCAUGCUGGGCAAGUGCGCCUUGCAACAGCAAGAUUUGCCAUUGGAACAGGGCUCCAUUUGUCUUAGCCCGCAUUGCCAGUGCGCGAGCAAAUUAGCUCAUUUGAACAACGCUGCCAAGCCAGAAGAAUUGCCUUUGAUUUCGGUAGUGAGAGCUUCCCGGAAGAGGAAAAGACAUCGCGAAAUUCCUGUUCCAGUGUGGGUGGCUUAUGGGGCUGCAAUCGCAAGCACCAGCCAAGAUACAGCUACAGAGGCCCAAACUCCAAGAUUUCAGGUGUGUCCUACUCCAAAGCCAACAGGCAUACCAGACAUGUUUCGCAGAAAGGGGUGCCAGGUGCCUAUCACAGUGUACCAGCAGCAUGCAGACAUACAAGCUUCUUUAACGUCAUCUUUGGGCUUUCUGAAGAAUUUGCAAGAAAACAUCAAAGCCGCUCUUGGCGAUGCUGGCGUGAACGAGCACAUGCAGCGUCUCCUCUCUGACGCACGUGAAGCUUGGGAUUGGGACUUCCUGUUGCACAAUAAACCUUUAAACCGACAUGUGGAUGCUUUCAUGAGACUGGUGGACUCUCUCAAGCGCACUUUAGAUCACAGUGCGUGGCCAGAUGAGAAGCUAAGCGCAAACCAGAACUUGUGGCCUGGCAUUCGCAGAUCCUGGAGCAAAAGGGGUGAACUUAUUUUGUCGUAUGGCAUGCUUUUGAAGCGGGUGCGGAUGGUUGCCCAAACGCAGUAUGCAACAUCGAAUGCUUCGGGUAUCCCUGCAGAUGUCUUGUUGUCCGCUGCUGCCUGGAGCACGCCCUCCAUGUGCUUGGUGUCUCCAUGCUGGGUCUUUAGCCCUUUGUUGCAGUGCUUCCAGGCUGUUUUCAAAUCCAGUCUGUAUGCGACCCGAACUGCUACGCUGGUGUCCGCUUUCCUGGGCAAAUUCGGCAGCCUUGAUUUUCCCAGUCAACCUGAGCUAAGUGUGAACCGCUUGCUCGUCAAAAUUGUGUGCCAGAUUCUUGAGAAAGCUAAAAUUCGGGUGUCUAGCAACCAGAGAGCUCUGCCAGUACAACAAAUCCAGGCCAUGCGUGUGGCUGCCCAAGAAGCGGGGCGGUGCUAUGAUGGAUUGUUUGGCCACGCCUCGAUGGAGGAUAUUCUGGAAGUUGCUAUUCCAGACGAGUGGGUUGGCUCUUCCUGUUUGAAGACCCGGGACAUCCGCGAAUCUCGGAGACGGAGCCUGCAUGAUUCUCUCCCUGUGGAUUUGCCAAGCACCAUUUCUGAAGCAUUGAAGCCAUAUGUCGGUAAAGAAAUUCUUGAGCCACCACCAAUGACUGUACGAUUGUCAAAACAAAAAAUGCGCAAUUCGGCGCCUUCUUCCAAGAAGGCUGCUUUGGCAGAAUGGCUGGAAAGCUCAGAAGGGCAGCUUUGGAGAAAGGAAAGAGACACGAUCUUUGCUGGCUGAUGUCC